CCCAGCUUACUGAAACAAAGACAAAGAGCUUAUAAUUAGAAGAUAAUUUCAAAAGGAACGCCAGGCCAUUACUCAAAUUUCAGUACUCGUUAGAGAGAGAGCAAGAGAGAGCGUUUGUGUGGCGGGAAAUUAAGAGGAAAAUGAACUCGCCGUCGUCGUCGGCAGAAGAAGCCCCUGAUCUGGUGUGCCAGCUCGACAACGUCCAGGGUAUGGUCGAUGCCCUCACCACCGUCCGCUGGAAACGCCAGCAGGACGCAGUCAUGGAAUUAUCAGAACACGGCGUCGUUUUAAUUGUCGAGGAAACCGGUUGUCUUCAGGCCAAAGUUUAUCUCCAGCGUGAGCUUUUUACUCGUUAUGAAUACAACGGGCAAGGUCGGCCCAGGUUUGGAGUCAGUUUGGGGCUCUUUGUGGAUUGUUUGAACACAUUUUCAGUUCCUGGACAAUCAAGCAUUCUAGAAAUUCGAUAUCCGGGGCCCGACAUGCAGCUUCUUCUCAAGUCUGUUGAUUCGUUGGAUGCUUGCAUUUAUGCAGAGAUCAGGACAAGAAUCCCAGAUACAGUUUCUUGGGACUACAAUUUUGAACCUGCAGGGAGCACCCCACUCACUUUCACUGUUAAGUCUGCAGCGUUGAAGGAAGCAAUUGAUGAUCUUGAGUGGCCUGGAUCAAGCAUCCAGAUCAAUCUACAACCAGUUCCUCCUAUCGUUACCUUCAGAGGUGAAGGCCAUGGGGAUUUGCAGAUAGACUUGAUGUAUUAUGUGAAUACUGAUCUUUUGGUUGCAUUUCAUUGUGAUCGUCAAGUAUCUUACAAGUACAAAUACAAGUUCCUUCGAGCUACAACUUCUAACAUUCCAGGCAGCGUAAUUAAAGAUAAUAGAGGAAGCAAGUUGACUAUUGGGAGAGGUGGAUUGCUGAAAGUUCAACACCUUGUUUCAGUGGCAAGGCCGUCCACUUCACACCCACGUAUCGAUUCUGCUGGAUAUCAGCAACCUAGUCGAAUUGCUUAUAUUGAAUUCUUUGUGAAACCGGAGGAAGAUGAAGACGCUGCAAACAAUCAGUAGGCGAUUAAUGCAAGAUGCUUGCAAAUUCUCAAUCAAGUUUGUAGCUACUGUUUUCCCACAGUAAUUUGAGGGGGUGAAGUUGCCCACACCACAUGGCCCCGCGGAAACUAAUUGUAACUUUCUGAUGAGAGAGAUGUAUUAUUUGAUCGAUUAAAUAGCUUGAUCGCUUAAUUAUCAAAUUGUUAUGCCCCUUUUUAUCUUUUCA